AAAGAAGAUAUUCUUCUUUGUCUGCGUUGAAUAAAUACUUUUGCCUUUUGAUUUCAGUGAGUGAGAUUUGGAUCUCAAUCAUUCACAAUUUUCGUUUUUCCUGUUAGCAUCACCCUUGGACUCGACUUCUCUCAAUUCCGACUCUGCAACGCCCAGCCUUGCACGACGUCACCACAAGUCCAUUGGUCACACCUGAAAAUUUAUUUUUCUACUAUUUUGGUCGACUUUCGCCUUGCAGCAAUUUUUUAAUCUAUAUUCAUUUUCAUUUUUCUCAAUCAGAAACAGCCGCCUUUUAGCUUGUGCGACUACAUUAUACAACUGUCAUGGCCGAAAGUCAUACGAGAUCCCCGCCCCUGCCACAGCGGCCUUCCUCAAUCUUAUCUCGAGCCUCGCCGUUGCAACUAGAUCUUUCAAGGAGUGCCAUCCGCAAGGGAAAGGUCAUCCGUCGCCAUCGGAUCGAGAAUGAAAUGCUGACCUCGACGAUUCUCGUUAACAAUAUCCACUGCGCUUCAUGUGUCGCUUAUGUCCGUGAAGUCCUUAGUGUUCAUCAGGGCGAAAUACGCAAUGUGGAUGCCAACGUUCUUAGCCAUGAAGUUCGAGUCGAGCAUGGUCCAAAGCUUUCAGUAUCCGAGAUUUGUCGCUCAUUAUCGGCUGCUGCAUUCGAAGUGUAUAGCGCGUGGACGACCAACUCCUCUGGCGUUCGGGUAUCGCAGAUAGACUGCGGCGAAGACGGGGACAAGGAUUGGGUCAAACACGCGGCAGAGUAUAUCCCCGGAUCUUCUUUCCGGAAAAAUUCAAAAGCGCGCUCGUCUCGUCAUGGCAGCGCAAGCAAAGACCAUCAGAACUGGCAGCAUGUGCAAAACUGCUCCGCCUGCCAAGCCGAACUGCGGCAAAUGCGCGAAAAGGAAGGGCUGGGAGCCAAGGGCCGAAUUGAUUCAUUGACUUCAUCCAACACACCUUUCGCGAGCACGCAUGCCCAAGCCCUGGACGUCGUCAGUGAAAAGGGCCCGAUUCGAGAGGCGACGGGCCCUAAAUCCUCUUACGAGCGCCCUGCAUCUCCGGACGCUCAAGGUCUUUAUGAAGUGCCUCUUGAAGCUGUUGUAUCUGAAUCGCCAGAAAAGCCUCAAAAAUUUCGCGCCACUUUGAGUAUCGGAGGAAUGACGUGUUCAUCAUGCACCGGGGCCGUUACUGAGGGUAUCAAGGAGUUUUCCUGGGUGGAAUCAAUCAAUGUCAACCUCAUAACCCAUAGCGCUUCAGUGACGUUUUGGGGCCGUCGUGAGCGGGUGGACGAGAUUGUCGAAAAGGUCGAAAAUUUGGGUUAUGAUUGCCUGGCAGAUGAUAUUAGCUUGGUAGAACUACCUGCGUCUGCCUCCUCGGAGUCGGUGAAACAUCACCCUGCUGUAUCCGUCGCUAUUUUAAGUAUCGAGGGCAUGACAUGCUCAUCAUGUACCAAUACAGUCAGCGCUGGCAUAAAAGAAUUUCCGUGGGUCAAGUCAGUCGAUGUCAAUUUACUCACGAACAGCGCUUCAGUAACUUUUGAAGGACCUCGGGAGCACGUGGAAGAAUUGUCUGAAAAGGUGAAUGGAUUGGGUUACGAAUGCACUGUUCAGGAUGUCAAGCUUGAGCACGAACCUGCACAACGUCGGGCGCACCGGCAGCGAGAGCGUUCGAAAUAUACUGCCCUCUUGAGCAUCGGGGGCAUGACCUGCUCAUCAUGUACAGGAGCGGUAACUCAUGGUAUCCAAGAAUUAUCCUUCGUCUCGGCCGUUAACGUCACUUUGAUAACCAACAGCGCCACUGUUGAAUUUGAGGGCAAAGAGAACAUUGAUCAAAUCAAGGAUAAAGUGGAGAACCUUGGUUAUGACUGCAAUGUUGAGGAAUUGUCACUCUCUGAUUUGGCUGACGAUGAGGAGGAGGAAGAGAUCAAAAGGAGGACGAUCAAUAUAAAAGUCGAGGGAAUGUUUUGCCAGCACUGUCCGCCCCGGGUUCUGGAGGGAAUACGAUCAAACUUUGGCGACGAAGUCAUCGUUGACAAGCCUCUUACUCUCAAGGAUCCCGUCAUGAGGCUGACCUACCUUCCUCAACCGCCGGAUCUGACUGUUCGAAAAUUGGUCGCCGCAGUAGAUGCUCUCGAUACUGCCUUUACAGCUCAAAUUUACCACCCGCCAACCAUUGAAGAGCGUUCAAGGGCAAUGCAGCACCACGAGCAACGUCGCCUUCUUUUCCGCCUUGCUUUGAGCGUUGUGGUAGCUAUCCCGACUUUCAUCAUUGGUGUCGUCUGGAUGAGCCUUUUGCCAGCCUCCAGCGGCUUGCGACAAUUUUUCAAUGAACCCAUGUGGGCUGGCACAGCCUCUCGUACGGAAUGGGCUCAAUUUAUUCUGGCUACACCAGUCAUGUUUUUCGCUGCCGACGUUUUUCACAUUCGAGCAAUCAAAGAGAUCAGAGCCUUGUGGCGUCCAGGAAGCAAGGUCCCGAUAAUGCGCAGAUUCUACCGUUUCGGUAGCAUGAAUCUGCUCAUGUCGGCCGGUACUUCCGUCGCAUAUUUUGCGUCUCUUGCAAUCCUGAUUGUCGGGGCCACAAACCAUACUGCUGGGAACGGUAUGGGAAGUCACGUAGACUCAACUUACUUUGACUCUGUGGUCUUUUUGACAAUGUUCAUUCUAAUUGGUCGGUCUCUGGAGGCUUACAGCAAAGCAAAGACCGGCGACGCCGUGAGCAUGCUCGGAAAAUUGCGGCCUACAGAAGCUAUCCUAGUUUCUCCUACGUCCAGUGAAACUAGCUCGGAUGCAAGCAAAGGAGAUUUGCGAGAACCCAUCCCGCCGUCGUCUGUGAAAGUGAGUGUCGAUUUACUCGAAGUCGGUGAUCACGUUAUAGUCCCGCACGGCGGCUCUCCUCCCGCAGAUGGUAUUAUUGUCUCCGAAGGAAGCCAGUUUGACGAAAGCUCUCUGACUGGAGAGUCAAAACCAGUGUCCAAACAAAUUAACGACACUGUUUUUACUGGCGCUGUCAACAUUGGAAAGCCCGUCACCAUGCAAGUCAAAGAAGUCAGCGGUACAUCUUUGCUGGACCAAAUUGUCGCUGUCGUGCGUGAAGGCCAAGCUAAGCGUGCGCCCGUGGAGCGGUUUGCCGAUGUCUUGACUGGAUAUUUUGUUCCUGUAAUCACUCUGUUGGCAAUAUUUACUUUCUUCCUCUGGUUCGGCCUCGGACAAUCAGGUCGGCUUCCCGCCAACUAUCUCAAUGUCGAUACAGGAGGCUGGGCUUUCUGGGCGCUUCGAUUCGCCAUUGCCGUCUUUGUAGUCGCUUGCCCUUGCGGCAUCGGACUCGCUGCUCCUACAGCUCUUUUCGUUGGGAGCGGUUUAGCAGCUAGACAUGGCAUUCUGGUAAAGGGCGGUGGUGAAGCGUUCCAAGAAGCCAGCGAGUUGGAUGCUGUUGUUUUUGACAAGACAGGCACUCUCACCGAAGGAGUCGGGCUCAAGGUCACCGACAGUGAGCUGCUUGUGCCCGAAGGCGAGGCGAAUGUUGUAUGGGCUAUAGCCAAAACACUUGAAGAGUCAUCUACCCAUCCCAUUGCAAAGGCCAUCGUGUCCUUUUGCGAAGACAAAUCCACUGCGAAGAUCACCGAGUCUGACAUUGAGGAAGUACCUGGUCGAGGCAUCCGAGGGACCUUCACUGUCCGUUCGUCCAGCUCAAACGACUCAACAGACACCUCAGCCAGCUACGAAGCCGCCAUUGGCAGCGAAGCAUUCAUCUUCUCUUUGCCCGGAGUAGACCCUGAUUCAAACUACUGGGCAAACACGUGCCUACCCAAAUGGCAACAAGAAGGAAAAUCGGUCGUGCUUUUUGCUCUUCGCCAGAUUUCCUCUGAACAACAGACCUCCUCUGCGUCAUCGUCAUCCUUUUCUCUCGCCGCAAUCUUCUCGACCAGCGACCCGAUCCGUCCUUCAGCUGCUCCUGUCAUAUCCGCGUUACAAAACAUGGGCAUCGCAACAUAUAUGCUUUCCGGAGACAACAUUUCCACUGCUCGCGCCGUCGGAUCCACCGUCGGGAUUCCGCCCGAAAACAUCAUCGCCAAUGUCCUGCCGCAUGAAAAAGCCGCACAUGUCACGCGUUUACAGCGAGAAGCAAAUGUCCCUCGGCGUCUCCGCAAAGACACGGCUACAAAUAAGCAAUCCAAUCAUAGAUCCUCUACGUACAAGAUUGCCAUGCUCGGCGACGGAAUCAACGAUGCCGCCGCCCUCGCUGCAGCGGAUAUCUCCAUAGCUAUCGGAUCCGGCUCGGACAUUGCACUUUCCUCGUCGUCGUUCAUCUUACUCACCUCGGAGCUCGACGCCUUGCUCAAACUCGUCCACCUCAGUCGUCGCGUGUUUCGCCGCGUCAAGAUUAAUUUCGCGUGGGCUCUUGUAUAUAAUUGUGCCAUGGUCCCCCUCGCGGCGGGUAUCAUUUAUCCUGCACCCGGACACCCACGCCUAGGCCCCGUAUGGGCAUCCCUCGCCAUGGCUGCAAGUAGCGUGAGCGUCGUCCUCUCGAGUUUGGCUCUGCGCUGGGAUUUCAGAGCCGCGCUUAUGCGCGGAGUAAGGAGGAUGACGGGAAAGUCCCGGUCUUAAAAGUAAACCUCGUACCUUUUAAUCGGAUUUUUCGCUUUUAUCUUUUUCGCGGCCUCAUGUUUUUCUCAAAGGCUAGGCGUGUAUUUCUUUUUCCUUUUCUUUCCAUUUUUUUUAAUCUUUAUUUUCUAUUUAUGUACCUAUGUAUUGUUUAGUAUACCCAAGUCUAAGCUACUAUACGGUGGGAUUAGGUCGCUUAAUCGUCAAAUACUUGGAGUUCUUCGCUCAAGCGGUAUACUAUAGGCAAUCUGUCAAGCUAUAUUGUUUGUUGCAAGGGAUGUUGGACGUUGUUCAUGAUGCCUUGGUCAUGAUUACGAAGUCUAGUUCUCACGUCGAUAGAAGCGUUGUCUUUCUAACUUAAUGUGUAUUUCAAGUUCCCUGCAAAUUGUUCUAAGUAGCUGCCUUUUUUUUUUUAUUAAUACUCUACCGGACAGGAAAAAUAUAUAUAAAGACUUUUGUUCAUGAG